CCUAUUCUACUGCUCUACGUAAUGGUCGUAUUGCGCAAUACCACCCGUGACUGACUGUCACUGACCCUAUCCAUAGUUACAAUACAAGCUCCCGCCGAUAAGCUCAGUGACCCCAAAAUCUGGGCAUCCAGCCAUGCAUGUGCUUCUGCUGCUGCGACUUCACUUGUGACCUCACUCUUUCCUUUCUCCACACACACCACCCCCCUUGGAGAUGCUCCUUCUACUUGAUUUGACUUGACCACAGCAGAAGAGUCCUCGUUGAUGGAUCGUCAUGGAUGAUACUAUCGCAGAACCCAUUGUCAAUCGCGAUGAGCCUAUACCUGUCAUAUUCUCCGACAAGCAGAAACAUGAUACCAAGCAUCCGCGAGCUCGGGGGCACAAGCAAUCAGUCUCGGGGGUUGGGCGGUCUCUGCAGGACAGGCUAUUCUCCAAGAUCCUGGAGCAGGUAGUGCCUACAGAAGAUGCCGAUAAGGAAUCGUUGUCAGGCGGCGACAAGUCUCUCGCCGCAGACCCCAAGCGGCCAGCCUUCAGCCUACCUCUCAUGGCAAACAACUUUCGCAGGUUCAAUGCAAGAAUUGGAAUUGUCUUUACGUUUCAAAUCCAGGUUGAGCGUCUGUUCAGCUGGAAAAAAGCCUCCCACACGCUUUCGUUCCUCUUCAUCUAUUCGUUCAUCUGUCUGAACCCACACCUCUUCGUACUGAUUCCGAUCUCCAUUCUUCUAUUCUUCAUCAUGGUGCCUGCAUUCCUUGCGCGGCACCCUCCCCCUCCUUCAACGUCAACCUCAAGUAUCAUGCCUUACUACUCUUACGAUGGCCCGGCACUGGCACCUGCGAAAACCAUCAAGCCAGCCUCAGAGACCUCGAAGGACUUCUUCGUGAAUAUGCGAGACUUGCAGAAUUGCAUGGCGGACUUCUCCGACGCCCACGACGCCAUGGUCUCGGCCUUUGCACCUGUGACCAAUUUCUCCGACGAGAAGCUUUCGUCAGCGGUUUUCUUACUGUGUCUGCUCAUUGCCGCUCUUUUGUUCUUGACUGCCCAUCUUGUUCCUUGGCGCUUGGUCUUCCUGGCUGGCGGUAAUCUAGCUAUAUUCUCCCUGCACCCUCGUUUUCACCAUUUUGUCCAGGCUAUCACAGCGGACCUCUCACAGCAACCUGCGGGAACGGAAUCCAUGGCCGAAAAGCAACUCAGGAGCGCGGCAAACGCUGCUGGGGUUCCACUACCCGCUUCCUCCUCUAGUGCCAUGUCCUUGAUGAGAUCAUUGGCUAAUAUCUCUCUGGAUUCUGACACUGAAGAACGCGAGGUCGAAAUCUUUGAGAUUCAGUAUCGCUCCCUGGCACCAUAUGCCGAAUCUCAGUGGGACCAUUUCCUGUUCAGUCCGAUGCCAUACGACCCACUCUCGCCACUUCGCAUCGCAGGCGACCGUCCCAAAGGGUGCCGGUUUUUCGAGGACGUCCAACCUCCAAGCGGUUGGGCAUGGAAGAGCAAAAAGUGGGAGCUGGAUCUAGACUGUCGCGAGUGGGUGGUCGAGCGCAUGAUCACGGGGGUUGGCUUCGAGGUACCGGGGGGCGCUUCUGAAGAUCAAACAGCCGGUGGAGAGAUCGGGGGCUGGGUCUGGGAUCUGCCUCCUGCUUUUGUCGCGGAUGACAACACAGCCAGUGAUAGAAAAGCUUCUGCCAAGAAGGGCAAGGAACGUGCCUCGCACGAUUAUGAAGAAAGAGGUAAUACCGGAGGAAUGGACAUGAAUAAUGGAGAUGCUAGUUCCUGUCAUUGGCUGUGGGACUCUCCCCAUGCGCGGCCGUCGCUCUGUGCCUUGGAGUACCUCUCUCUUGCACCAGCGAUCGUUAUUUUGAUCAUUGCACUGAGCCACUUACUAUCACAUGGAGCUUUGAUAAGAUGCCCAAAAUGGAUGAAUACCUUCAUUCAGGAGCAGCCAGCAUCGAUAGAGCUGCCCAUAGAACGGCCACCGCAGCGUGUUGGCUGGGUUGUAGCCCUGUUCGCCAUCUCGAUGAUUGGAUUCCUAGCUGAACUGAUCAGUGUUAUCCUCGGCGGGCCUUUGAUAAGCACCGUACUCCCUGUCUCCUGGGCUGUGGCUGCUGCCAUGGUUGCAGUGCUGCGCCCGAGAUCGUGCCCUACAUCCCUGCUUUCCUUUUUCCUGAGUGCAUUGGUGGUCGAGUCCGCAUAUCUCAUCAAUGAUGAUGUGUAUAAUGUCUCUAGACUCUUCACACGCCAUGUGGCUGCUGCUGCUGCUUUGGCCGGCUGUACGGUCAUCCUUGCAAUGCCCUUUCGCCGCCAUAGUCUUCCGCAGGACGACAUCAGCGCCGUUGGUCAAGUGCCAUCCAGCGACUUGCGCAGCCCAGAGGACAACUUGCGACUUUGGCAGUUUCUGAGCGUGUCUUGGAUGGCUCCAUUAAUUUCUGUAGGCAAGAACAAACAAUUGCAGGAGGAAGAUGUGUGGUUUCUGGGGUACGAGUUUCAGCAUCGCAGACUGCACGAGAAGUUCCGGCAAUUGAAAGGAUCCGUGCUGGGAAGGCUACUUCAAGCGAAUGCAAUUGACGUGCUAAUAAUAACGACAAUCUCCAUCGUGCAGAUGCUCUGUGAUUUCUCGACCCCUGUCUUGCUCCAGCAAUUGUUGCAGGCGAUGAAGGAUCGAGGCACGUCCAAUAGACCGGCCUUGACCUAUGCAUUGCUGAGUCUGAUGCUUCGCCUGGUGCUAGCGCAGGCCCAGGUUCUCAAUCUGUGGUACGGGAGACGUGCCUACGAACGGAGUAGAGGCGAGAUGAUCAUGAUGGUUUAUGAGAAGGCACUUUCGAGAAAGAACGUCUUUGAUCAGGAGAUAAGCGAGAAGGAAGAUGGAUCCGAGCCCUCCGAAGAAACGGAUGAUGAUACAGAAUCGAAUCGCCAAUCAAAGAGGUGGUGGUGGCCCUUCUCGCGCUCCAAGAGGGUAACGCGCAAGGAGAAGAUUAAGAAAACAGCGUCCAUGGGCAAAAUCUUCAAUCUAUUACGUGGAGACGUCUACGAAGUCGCGCAGAGAUUCUGGGAAAUUGACUCCCUGAUUGACAAACCGCUGGGGCUUAUCAUUGCGACCGUUCUCGUCUGGAAGCUCCUCGGGCCGUCAUGCUUCUUGGGAGUUAUAGCCAUUUUGGUUGCCCAAACGCUUAACGCGUUCAUCACUCGUACACUUCUUCGUUGGGAACGUGUACGUCGCCUAGCAACAGACACCCGGCUUCAGAUAUCUUCUCAAUUUGUUGAGGCUCUGCGACAUUUGCGUUGGUACGGUUGGCAGAACCAUUGGCUCCGUCAGGUAAUGGACGCCAGACAGUCCGAGUUGAACCUGCGAAUUGUCACUAGUCUUUGGAAUGUGCUGAUUCGCUUCAUCAACACCCUUGCUAGUGGGCUGUUCCCUGUGGUCGCAUUAUACGCCUACACCUUCUUGGCUGGAAACCCGCUGCGCAUCGAUAUCAUCUUUCCUGCUCUUCAGCUGUUUACAAUGCUGGAAACCCGACUGAGGGAUAUCCCGAGUCUCAUCACUGUGCUCAUAAACGCCUCGAUUGCUAUGGAGAGAAUCGAGGACUUCAUGGCAGAGCCUGAUAAAGAGAACACGCCACUUGCUGCUGACUGCGCCUCUCUCAUCAAACUGGAAUCAUGUACCUUUGCCUGGCCCGGGAAAUUAUCACCUGUGCUUUCCGAUCUCAACCUGGACGUGCCUCAAGGUCUGACCGUUGUCCACGGUAAGGUGGGAUCUGGCAAGACAGCUUUGCUCCAAGCCCUACUGGGCGAGCUGGAUAGACUGGAAGGAAUCUCCCAUCUCCCAAAUGAAAUGGUCGGGUUCUGUGCUCAGACCCCGUGGCUGCAGAGCAUGAGUAUCAGGGACAACAUUCUGUUCUCUUCGCCGUUUGAUGAGCAGCGUUACAAGCUGGUGCUAGAUGCCUGUGCACUUAUACCGGAUCUCUCUAACUUCAAGCAUGGUGACCUGUCUUUUGUGGGUGAGAAUGGAAUAGGUCUCUCUGGGGGUCAGAAGGCACGGGUGGCUCUGGCACGGGCAAUGUAUAGCUCGGCUAGGAUACUGCUACUUGACGACCCUCUUUCAGCCUUAGACCAUAAUACAGCAGAGACAGUUGUUCAUAAAUGCUUCUUGGGUCCGCUAAUGCGCAACCGGACUGUGGUUCUUGUCACCCACAGAACCCACCUAGUCGGUGAGAUUGCUGACCAGAUUGUUCGCAUCGAAAAUGGGAAGGCCACGGUAGAAAUUAACCAGAAUGUGUCGUCUCAUGGCAGCGAUGACCAGGAAAGCGCUCCGUCAGAAAGCACAGAAACUGCCAACGAGGGUAAAGUUGCUCUUGAAGAUGCCUCUGCUGCAAUUCCCACGAAAUUCAUAGAAGAAGAACAUAGAGCAGAAUGGGGAGUGCAGGCACGAGUAUAUUGGAAGUACAUCCAAGCUGGCAAAUACCGCUGGUGGCUCGCCCUCUUUGCGGUAUUGACAAUCUAUCGCCUGUCUUCCGUUGGCCAGUCAUGGUUUCUCAAGGAGUGGGGAGAGGCAUACAAGCAGAUACUCUUGUUCUUCGGACAAUCGAACCUCAACCGUGUGACUUCCAGUGCGGAACUAACUACCGCCUCGACGAUGGCAAACAACAUCCACUGGGCGCCGCGGGACCCAUUUGAUGGCUUCCCCGCGCCAGAAGAGAAUGUGAAACCCUGGUUGGUAGCAUUCUUGCUCAUUACCGGCUUCCAGUCGCUGAUGCUUCUGCUCGCACAGCUUCUGAUGUUGGUGAUCGUCUACUGCGCCGGCCGAACGCUGUUCGAGGAGGUGAUGGUACGAGUGAGCAACGCCACGUUCCGAUUCUUCGAUGUCACACCCGUGGGUCGCCUGAUGAAUCGACUUACUUCUGACAUUGGAGUGGUCGACGGCAACAUCAGCGAACAGUUCCAAAUGAUCGCAUUCCAAGCCAUCACCUGGGUGUCCUCGAUAGCCGUUAUCGCAACUGUGACUCCGACAUUCCUCGGGUUCUCGCUCCUGCUCACCGCAGCCUUUGUUCUCAUCUUCCGACGAUUCCUCCCCACCUCGCAGAGCUUGCGACGUCUGGAGAUGGUAUCGCUGAGUCCACUAAUCUCCAACUUCGGUGAACUGCUUCAUGGCCUAACCACCGUGCGCGCCUUCCACGCCGAGAGCCGCUUCCAGGACCGUGUCAUCGCCGUCGUCGACAAGUUCCAGGGCAUGGACCACUUCUACUGGUCACUGCAAAGCUGGCUCAUGUACCGGUUCGAGAGCCUUUCCGCGGUCUCGACCUUCUGCCUUACCGUCCUCGCUCUCUACACCAGCGUCAGCCCCGGCCUAGCAGCCUUCGUCCUGAUCGCGGCCAACAACUUCGUAACCUCCACCCAUGCCCUGUGCAAGCAGUACGGCCAGCUCCAAAUGGACUUUGUAUCGGUCGAGCGAGUGGACGAACUGCUGCACGUGGAGCAAGAACCCCCCGGCACAAUCGAUCCUCCGGCCUCGUGGCCCAAAUUCGGCCAGGACAUCGUCGUCGAGGACGUGACGAUCCGCUACGCGCCGCACCUCGACCCUUCGCUCCGCAACAUCUCCCUGCGCAUCCCCGGCGGCUCCACAACGGCCAUCAUUGGGCGCACCGGCAGCGGCAAGUCCACGCUGGCCGUCGCCAUGCUCAGCGUCGUGCGGCCCGAAUCCGGGCGCAUCCUCGUCGACGGCCUGGACAUCGCGCAGGUCGCAACGCAAGCGCUGCGGUCCCGCGUCACGUUCGUCGCGCAGGACCCUGUCCUCUUCCCCGGGAGCAUUCGGCUCAACCUCGAUCCGACGGGGGAGUACUCCGACGCCGAAUGCGCCGAGGUGCUCAAGCGCGUCUGCAGCCGCCACGGCUGGAGUCUCGAGACGCCCGUGGAAGCCGGAGGCAGCAAUCUGAGCCAGGGCGAACGGCAGCUGAUCGGGCUCACGCGGGCGGUGCUGCGGCGCAGUCCCAUCGUCAUCCUGGACGAAGCGACGGCGUCGAUCGACCAUGAAAGCUCGUUGGAGAUCCAGCAGAUCCUGCGCGAGGAGAUGAGGGAGUCGACGGUGGUGACCAUCGCGCAUCGGCUGGAGGCGAUCAAGGAUGCGGAGUAUUAUAUUGUUCUGGAUAAGGGAGGGGUGUCGGAGCAGGGGUAUGUUCGGGAUAUGUGAGGUGGAAUCUUGGUGAAGGAAUCCGCCUUUUCUGCCACGAAGCAUUUCCCAUAGCUAGACCGAUAGAAAGGAAGAAGAGUUUGAAGUAGGUAUCUGAGCUUGGAGUAAGCUAUGGCAAGCACUGAACAGUCCGUACCAAGAAGGUCAUGCGAUUAAGGGGCGUGAUCAUGAUGACACUUCCCAUCAUGUCUCUAGCCGCGGGGGUCAUCUACAGGUAAAGAGAACCGCGUCCGUACUCAAUAAAGAG